GUACCCGUUUGUCAAUGUAGCUAGCUAGCUAGUUAGCGAACGCCUGGUCGAGCCGUAUAGCUAGCAACAUCUGGCUAACGUACUUUGCUAAGAUGAACUCCUGUGCCAAAUUGUUCAUUUUGAUAGCCAUCGCAGGAGUUUGUGUUAUCUUGUAUUUGGCCACUUUGGAGGAACAUGUUACAACAGACCUGAAUUGUGGAAAGAGACCAGAGAGACCAUCAACGAUGAUGCCAUUUGACUAUGAUGAUUAUGGUGGUGGUCGGUUCAUUGGUGGCACUCCAAUUGACCCUAGUAUUUGGCCGUGGCAAGUCUCCAUCAUGCACCGUCCGACCGCAGCAGAUCCUUUUCAGCAUCACUGUGGAGGAGCCAUCAUCAGCCAGGACUGGAUACUGACAGCUGCCGUAUGUGUUCAUGCACCACAGCAUCGCCUUUCAAGCAACCUGAUAGUCAAAGCUGGGACCACGGAUACAAACCACAAUGACGCGAACACACAGGAAUUACAAAUUGAGAGGAUAGUCCCGCACAAACUUUUUAAUCCUAUCACACUGCGAUACAACAUCGCACUUCUGAAGUUGAAACGCCCCCUUGUAUUCAACACCUUUGUGGAUGAAAUUUGCAUCCCAGAUAAUUCCAAUGUUGAAGAACAUCAGUAUGGUAUCUGCCACAUCACAGGCUAUGCAGGGCCCAAUGCAAACACCAGCAUUUUACAAGAAGCAGAAGUGAAGAAAAUUGGCAAUCCCAGGUGUAACAUGCCUACCUGGUGGAACUACAAAGUGGCUAGGGACAUGUUUUGUAUGUCUCAUCCCAGUGGCAUGGGUGGUCCUGAUGGUUGUGAGAUGAAUCUUGGGGGCCCUGUGAGCUGCUUCAUGCCUGCAAACAACCGCUACUACAUCUAUGGGGUGCGGGUGUAUACCCAAGACUGUGGUGUGCCUCGGCGGCCCAACAUUUACCUCAAAGUGAGCAAGCAUUUCUACUGGAUUCAAAGAGAAGUUGGGGACAGCGCCCCCCCCAUCCCUGCACCAAUUCACAGUCGUUCUUUGGCCAUGUGCUUUUUGCUUUCCAGCUUAGCUAAGGUGGUGAUUUGACAGUUUCCACACCAGUUACAUUUGUGACAUUUUAUUUAUUAAUUUAAUUUGAGAGCAGUCUAAAUAUUUUUAACUAAACAUAUGAUACUAUAAAUAAAAAGUAUGGAGGAAAGGAUUUUGAGCGCUCAGACAACACAAAUGAAGCUGACACCCCCCCACAGGGGCAGGGAGCAGCACCAUAGACACCAGGCUUGGAGGGGUGGGGUGAAUAGUAGAGACAGUCAAAAGUUUGCCAUGCAACACCAAGGUAGAUGCUACUGUACGUAAUUACUUUUUUGUUGAUGCAGAUUGUAGAACAUUGGGUUGCCUUGUAUUUGAUAUCUCAGAUGACAAAUUAAGUAGACUUCACCCUCCACAUAUACUCAUUCCAAAAUGUAACUUGCCUGCAAAUGUUGUGAAAAGCUGAAGUUAAGCCAAGAGAUCUAGAAAACACUAGGACAUUCAGCUGAGAAAGAUUCCAUUUUCCUCUGUAAUAAUGUGGUAACGCACAAUAUUUUCAUCCAUCUCUUUUCAUUAGUCUCCGCCACAGCAUCUCUUUUCAACACUUUUAGGAAUUAGCGACUGAGCAGCCCAAGCACAAAUGACAGAAAUGGGUGGGCUGUUGAUGUUCAAAAUGAAGUGACUGUCAGGUCGUAACACCAAUCAGACAUCAAGUGGGAGAGGCUGUAGGGGAAACCAGCGGCUGUGAAAAGAGACUAGUGGCUUUACAGAUCACAGAGCAGAGACAUGCUGACAAAAGCAGAUUUUUAUUGUUUCAUUUUGCUAAACCAAAUAGAAAACAAAUGAUCCCCAUUGACAACAUGACAGAACGUUGGUCAAAUAGGACACGUUUGCCUCUGAGUUGGAACUCAUUGCAUCACUGACAAUAUUGAGAAGAUCUUGUACAGCAUUUAUGCAUAGUGAGCAGCCUUGAGGUAUAUAUAUUUUGGGCCCUUGAUGUUUACAAAUAACAUUAAUCAUCCGAAAUAGAUUGUUUUAUCACUACACAAGUACAGUACAUUGUGCUUACAAUACACUAAAAGCUUAACAUCCUUUAUUGUUUUCAGUUUUACUGCAAUUGGCACAGUGUUUAUUACAAAAUAUAUGGAAAUAUUGGCAAUCCUGAUCAUUUGUCCUAGCCUGGUCCUAUACCGGUUUGUGCUUUUGCCAAUUGGAGCUAGCACAAUAGUACAAACAGGCUGGAACUCAAGCUAGGUUUUUCCAUGGAUAGAAUCUUGAAAAACUUUCCCCUUAUUUCCAGUUUUGGAUAGCACCAAUGUGUCUAAUGAAUGUAUGGCAGGACAACAUGUUGUCACACCCAUAGAAUUAGAUUGAGUAGAACGGGCUUGGAACCGCUCACACCAUGAAGAUUGAGUGGUAAAUUCCUUCUAGUUCUAUGGUCACACCACUAUAAGAUAAGAUGAUGAUUUAAACAUGCAAAGGUGGAAUGAUACAGUAGCAGCUUGGCAAGAAAGCCAAAUACCACAGAAUAGUCCCAAAAACAUUUUUUAUGAAUCAUUAAAUGUAACUUUACUCUAAAGAUGGACUUAAGUUACAAUGUUUGUCAUUCAAGUAGUUUUAACUUCCUAAAUCAAACAAGGCUUUUGUUUUGCCACAGCGUUGUGUAGGGUAGUUGAAAU